AUGGACACAUCAUCAAAUCCCACUCCUCAACCCCCAAUCCAAAGCGUCAUUCCCUCUCAACCUCAACCCAAUCCUAAGGGGGGCAUCAAUGCCAUCACCUUGAGAUCCAGAACACAAUUAAAAGAGAAGGGAGAAAAGGAUUCAAAGCCCAUCACAAUCACUCAAGAGGAGGAGAGAAUAGAUAUAGAAGAGGUAGUGGAAGAGGAGACACCACAAGUCAUAGUUGAGGAUGAAACUCAACCAACAAAAGAGACUCCCAAGACCAAGAGAACCUUGGAAGAAGAAAUUGCUCAACCACUCCCAUUUCAAACACUUGCAAAGAAAGUUAGGAAGCGUAUAGAACUCGACCCCAAAAUGGUAGAAAUGUUCAAGAAAGUCGAGGUAACCAUCCCCCUCUUUGACGCUAUCCAUCAAGUUCCUAGAUAUGCAAAAUUCCUUAAAGAUCUAUGCAUGAACAAGGAUAGAAUUCUUGAAUUGGAAACCAUCCCAUUGGGGAGUUCUAUUUCCGCUUUAAUGGGAGCAUUGCCCGAGAAAUGUGAUGAUCCAGGCCCUUGCAUGGUCACUUGCACCGUCAAUGGAGUUCAAUUCGUAGAUUGUAUGUGUGACCUCGGAGCAUGUGUUAGCAUCAUGCCUCUCUUCGUCUACCGGGUAUUGAAGUUACCACCACUAAAAAGGUCGACGGCGAGAUUUGUCCUAGCGGAUAAAAGCAUAAUAACCGUGACGGGUGUCGCGGAAGAUGUAUUGGUGAAUAUCAAAGGGUUGGUAUUUUCGAUUGAUUUCUACGUCCUUGAAAUGCCAUCAAGUGAAACCGAGAGAGCAUCAUCCAUCCUACUUGGAAGACCAUUUUUGAGAACUUCUAGAUUUAAGCUAGAUGCUUACUUGGGAACAUACUCAUUUGAGAUAGAUAGGAGAGUCGUAAGUUUUAGCCUAGAAGAAGCAAUGAAGCAUCCACCAGAAAAUCACUCUCUAUUCCGGUGUGACCCAAUUGACAACAUUGUUGCCGAAGUGCACCUUGCAAAGUUAGAUGAGAAGUACAUGAUUGGAGAAGCAAAUGAAGAUCCAAGCAAAUUAAACACCACACACCAUACAAACCAUCCGGAAACUCAAACAUCAAAUCAUGACAAAAAGAUGGAAUUGAAGCCACUACCCCCCCACCUAAGGUACUCAUAUCUUGAUGAAGCCCAAAAGCUCCCCGUGAUAAUCGCACAAGAGCUAACUCCUCAACAAGAAGAAAAGUUGCUAGAGGUGUGGAGCGGACCAAAUAGUGCGACGGUGCAUACCUCAAACCGAAUUCCAAGCAAUCUUAGACGCUUGCCAUUCUUCCGAAGGAGGUGGCCACUACGGCCCCCAAAGAACGGCAAGAAAGGUCCUUGA